AUGAUCAACAACAGGAAGCUUCUUGCCAUGGYAAGAAAGUGGCAGAAGUUGGCAGCCAUCGGCAGGAGAAGAAUCUCAUCACCAAGAACUAAACUGCAAAGGGGUGUGGAUGAGUGCGGUGCAAUGGUGGCUGUUAAAGACCACUUUGUUGUGUACACGGCUGAUCAGAAACGUUUUGUUAUUCCAUUGGCGUAUCUCAACAAUCCCAUCUUCAUUGAGUUACUCAGAAUGUCCGAAGAAGAGUUUGGACUACCGAGCGAUGGGCCUAUCACAUUGCCAUGCGACUCGGCGUUUGCAGAGUACAUCAUCUCAAUGGUGCAAAGACGUCCUUCAAGAGACUUAGAGAAGGCAUUAGUUGUGACCCUAUCUACAUAUCGGUGCUCAUUAUCUUCUUCUCUCCAUCAAGAUCCCAGUAAUUGGCCUAUACUUGUCAAUGGUUUUUGA